AUGAAGUCUGAAGCAGUAGCAAGGGUCUCAGGGAGGCAUAGAAUGACGCCGCACCUACCCAACAAUCCCGACUAUGAACCGUUAAGGGAGCUUUUCAGCCACCAUAUUCAUUCAUUCGACCACUUCAUCGAAUAUGGUCUAGAGAAGGCACUCAUGAACAUCAAACCCAUCGAAGUCGUGGAUUCUAACACCCAGUUGAAGCUAAGAAAUAUCCUUUUACUUAUUCUUCUAUUUGCUUGGUUUAUCCAUACAUUUCAAUACAACCUGAAUUCUUGUGUCAUUUUUGUUUUGUUCUUGACCCACAUCAUACUCUGGUUUGAAAAACCUGAGCUAUAUCCUCCCCAAAAGGAGCGCCUUUCUCGGACAGUUCGUGAAUCUCUCUAUCCUUUUGAGUGUAGACAGGCCAAGAUUUCCUAUACUGGUAAAUUUUUGGUAGAUGUUUGCUUCAAAUAUGGUGAUGGCCCUGGUGGAGCUGUUAUAAGAGAAAAAUUUAAUUUUGGACAGUUACCUGUUAUGUUAAAGUCAAAACUUUGUCACCUUAAAGAUGCUGACCCUCAAAAACUGGUGUCUUGUAAUGAAGAACCAUCAGAAAUGGGAGGGUACUUUGUAUUAAAUGGACUUGAAAGAGUUGUCAGGCUAUUAGUUGUGCCAAAAAGAAACUAUCCAACUAGUAUGGUCAGAAGUGCAUUUAAAAACCGAAGAGAAGGGUUCACUGAUAAAGCUGUGGUGAUAAGAUGUGUUAGAGAAGACCAAUCAGCUGUGACUCUCAACUUAUAUUAUAUUAGCAAUGGGAGUGCAAGGGUCGGGUUUAGGAUACGAGGGAGAGAAAACUUGUUACCCAUAGGUCUAGUUUUGAAGGCACUUAUUGAUACUACUGAUCAUGAAGUUUUUAUGAGUUUGACAUCUGUCUACAAUGAAAAAUACGAGAAAGCAAUGGGCUGUGUUGGUACUCAGAUUUUGAGUGAAAGGGCAAAGAUUAUUCUUAAUGAAGUUAGAGACUUGAAUUUAUUUACUCGCAUCCAAUGCUUGCAGUAUAUUGGAGAGUAUUUCAAACCUUUUAUGGAUGGUAUGGAAAACGAAAGUCACUCUGCUGUUGCUGAUGCUGUUCUAAGAGAAUUCAUAUUGGUUCAUCUUGAUAACAAUCAUGAUAAAUUUAAUCUGCUAAUCUUUAUGGUGCAGAAACUUUUCUCUUUUAUUGAUCAGACAUCUAUACCAGACAAUCCUGAUUCAUUGCAAACUCAGGAAGUUCUUCUGCCAGGUCACUUGGUUACAAUAUAUGUUAAGGAAAAGCUCCAGGAAUGGCUGCUAAAAGCUAAAAAACUACUUCAAGAUGAUGCUGAUAACAGAAAGAAAAACUUUGAGUUUGGAAGCUUAGCUGAUGUGAAGAAGGCAUUGGAUAAGAAUCCUGCAAAACAAGUCGGUUCAGCUGUUGAAAAUAUGUUGAAGACUGGAAGAUUGGUUACACAGUCAACUCUUGAUCUGAAAGAGAAAGCUGGUAUGACAGUUCAAGCAGAAAGGCUGAAUUUCCUCCGUUUUUUGUCACAUUUUAGAGCUGUUCAUAGAGGCUCAUCACUUGCAGGACUUCGUACUACAAGUGUGCGUAAAUUGUUGCCAGAGUCAUGGGGUUUUGUAUGCCCUGUUCACACGCCAGAUGGCUCUCCAUGUGGACUGCUGAAUCAUUUGACUGCCUCAUGUCGUAUCACCUCGUAUUAUGACUCAGAAGGAAUAAUCAGAGAUUUCUCAAAAAUAAACAAAUCUAUCCUAUGUGUUCUGGUUGGAGCGGGUAUGACCCCUGCAAUUCCCAAACUUGUCAAAGCUGGUCCUCCUGAAAUUCUUCAUGUUCUACUUGAUGGGCGUGUUGUUGGUGCUAUUCCCACUGAUAGAGUUGAAAAAGCUGUCAACCAUUUACGAAAAUUAAAACUAUCAGCAGCUUCAGCGAUCCCUGAAGAUCUGGAGGUGGGGUAUGUACCUAUUAGCAUGGGGGGCGCCUUCCCUGGUCUUUAUCUGUUUACAAGUCCUUCAAGAUUUGUACGCCCUGUUAAACAGAAGUUUCCAGAGGAAAAAAACAAUAAUAUUGAACUGAUUGGUCCCUUUGAACAGGUGUAUAUGGAGAUAGAGUGUCCAGAUGGAGGAAAUGGUGGAAGAUUAAAGGAGUUUCCUGCUACUCAUGAAGAAAUUCAUCCAACUGGAAUACUUAGUGUUGUUGGCAAUCUUACCCCUUGGUCUGAUCAUAAUCAGAGUCCAAGAAAUAUGUACCAGUGUCAGAUGGCAAAACAAACAAUGGGGUUCUCUUCACAAGGAAUCAAUUGUCGUGCAGAUCAAAAGCUUUAUCACCUUCAGACUCCUCAAGCUCCGAUAGUUCGCACUGCUACAUAUGAAAAGUAUAGGAUUGAUGACUCUCCAUUAGGAACAAAUGCAAUUGUUGCAGUGUUGGCUUAUUCAGGAUAUGAUAUGGAAGAUGCUAUGGUUUUAAAUAAAUCAUCUGUUGAUCGUGGAUUUGCUCAUGGACACAUUUAUCAGACUGAAUCCAUUGAUUUGGCUGAUGAGAAGAACAAAUCAAAUCGUGCCAAUAGAGUAUUCAGAAGAAGCAAUUUAGAUAAAAAAUCACAUUCAUUCAUCGAUUCAGAUGGACUCCCAUACGUUGGCCAGAAAAUAAAACCAGGCGAACCAUAUUACAGCAUGUACAACGAAGUCACAAGUACUUCAUUCAACCAAAAAUUAAAAGGGUCAGAACCUGUCACAGUCGAUUAUGUUGCAAUCGAUGUCAAAAACAAAAAACAAUUACAAAAGGCAAACAUACGAUUAAGACGUGGCAGAAACCCUGUAAUUGGUGAUAAAUUCAGCAGUAGACACGGUCAAAAAGGUGUAUGCUCACAAUUAUGGCCCGAUAUCGAUAUGCCAUUUUCAGGAGUUACAGGAAUGCGACCCGAUUUAAUCAUAAAUCCUCAUGCAUUUCCUUCUAGAAUGACAAUUGCAAUGCUUCUAGAAUCCAUAGCUGCAAAAGGAGGCUCUUUACAUGGAAAAUUUGUAGAUGCAACGCCGUUUUCUAGCUCAGUUAAAAAACCAGAUGGAACCCUAGAAAAUGAAGAAGAUUCUCUCGUUAAUGAACUCGGGUCAAUGUUGACUUCCCGUGGGUUUAAUUUUUAUGGUACGGAAGUUUUGUAUAGUGGAGUUUAUGGGACGGAAUUGACUUGCGAGAUUUUCAUCGGUCCGGUUUAUUACCAACGGCUCCGGCAUAUGGUUUCCGACAAGUUUCAGGUUAGGUCAACGGGAACGGUUGACCAGGUUACGAGGCAACCGAUAAAGGGGAGGAAGAAAGGAGGUGGGAUUCGGUUUGGUGAAAUGGAAAGGGAUUCUCUUCUUGCUCAUGGAGCGGCUUAUUUGUUACAUGAUAGGCUUCACACAAGUUCUGAUCAUCAUAUUGCUGAUGUGUGUUCAAUUUGUGGGAGUAUUCUGACAACAUCGCUGAUUCAGCAUCAGAAAAAGGCAAUGAGGGAGAUUGCUGGGCUGCCACCUGGCAGGGUUCCGAAGAAAGUUAUAUGUGUUAAUUGUGGGACAAGUAAAGGUAUGGAGACGGUUGCUAUGCCGUAUGUGUUUAGGUAUUUGGCUGCGGAAUUGGCGGCUAUGAAUAUUCGGAUGACGUUACAAUUAAGUAAUGGAGCGGGGGCGUGAACGUAAUUUUGUGUAGCCUGUGUUUUUUUAUACAAUUUUGAAACGUUUUCUAUGGUCUGUAAGUUAUAUGCAUCGAUAUGUGACAUCUAAAAUUGUUGUAGAAUGGAAGGGGUGAGUUUUUUUGGUGAGGAAACAGAGUAUUGUUUUGUUGACUAAAGUAGAAUGGAUA